CAUCCUCCCUCCCUUCCUCUGCCUCUUUCCUCCGGGGCGAUGGAGGGGGACCCUUCGGGGCUUGGCUGGGGAGGAAAACUCCUCCGGGGUCCGUGAUCUCCUUCCCCUCCUCUUUCCUGCUCCUCCUUGAAAAGUGGGAGGAAAAGAGGAGAGAGAGCUCCAUUGUGUUCUGGGGCUUUGGGAAGGCAUUCGCGGGGCUUGUUUUCCCCCCAAAGAGACGGAUAUAUAUCAAUUUUAACAACUUUUCAAAUCCUUUUGCGAGGGAGAAGAGAAGCCUUUUGCCCCUCUCUCUCUCUCUCCUCUUUCGGAAGGGUGUUUUCCUGGAAUAUUGUUUUUGUUCUCCAACUCCGACAUAAAACUUUCCCUGUUUUGGGCGCCGGGCUCCUUCGAUGUGGACUCCGCGGAUUCCUCCUCUUCUUCUUGGACCUUUUGGAACAAGGGCCGGGGGAUGAAGUAGUAAUGGCGACCCGUUGGGGAGACGGAGACCUCUCCCCGCCGCCCCAGGUCGCCCAAAGCGGGAGCCAGCUGGAUUCCACACCACUGAUCGAAGUGCAGGGACAAUGGGGUGAAACCCGAUUGGUGUCCAAAAAUAAAGAUGGAAAAGAUCAAAGUGAGGCUGUAUCCCCAUCAGACGAUGAAGAGACAUUCUCUUGGCCUGGUCCCAAAACGGUAUCUUUACGAAGAACAUCACAGGGCUUUGGCUUCACCUUACGGCAUUUCAUUGUGUAUCCCCCAGAAUCUGCUGUUCACUUUUCUUUUAAGGAUGAAGAAAAUGGAAAUAAGAGUGGAAAGCCACGAAACAGACUGGAGCCAAUGGACACCAUAUUUGUUAAGCAGGUUAAAGAAGGAGGGCCUGCUUUUGAAGCUGGAUUGUGCACAGGUGACAGAAUAAUAAAAGUGAAUGGAGAAAGUGUUAUAGGAAAGACAUAUUCUCAAGUAAUUGCUUUAAUUCAGAACAGUGACAGCAUGUUAGAGCUUAGUGUUAUGCCAAAAGACGAGGACAUUCUUCAGCUGCUUUUACUGUGUUUUCCUGUUUUCUGCCAGCUGCAGUUUUCAAAGGAUGUUACAGCCCUGGCAUAUUCCCAGGAUGCCUACUUGAAAGGCAAUGAAGCCUACAGUGGUAAUGCCCGCAACAUACCUGAACCACCACCAAUAUGUUAUCCUCGGUUAACAUCUCCAGCUACUGCCAUGGCACAACCUAUUGAGAAAGCACCUCCUGAUUCUUCACAGGGAAAACAGACAACUAAUAGACCUGUACGGACAUCAGCACAACCAGAAAAGCCCUACAGAAUGGAAAUACAAGUGCCUCCAUCUCCAACAGAUAUUGCAAAAUCUAACACAGCUGUCUGUGUUUGCAAUGAAACUGUAAGAACUGUUGUUGUGCCUUCUGAGAAGGCUGUAGACUUCUCUUCAUGUAGAACAAAUCACUCUGGUCCAUCACACCGGACAGAAGAAAUGAGAUAUGGUUUCAAUGAACAAACUACUCUAAAAACAAAAGCACGAACCACUUCAUCAUCCUCUUCUAUGUCCACUGCUGUUGUACUUCCUCAGACACCGCUUACAAGGCCAGUAGAUUCUAGUGGAAUACCUAACAAAUCUGGAAGUUUUGGAGGGCACCCAGAAGGGAUCUCAACUACUAGAUCCCCUUCUCAAAGUGCAGGUUCUCCUAUCCCUACCAAUCACUACACUUCUCCAAAUGCCCAUCAACAUAUAGACUGGAAAAAUUACAAAACCUACAAAGAAUACAUUGAUAACAGACGUUUGCACAUGUAUGGCUGCAGAACUAUACAGGAAAGGUUAGAUAGUUUAAGAGCAGCAUCUCAGAAUACAACAGAUUAUAAUCAAAUGGUACCAAAUCGCACUGGUUCACAGGUACGACGCAGAAGCACCUCUCAUGAUAGGGUCCCACAGACUAUUCAGGUCCGACAAAGAAGCGUGUCCCAGGAAAGACUUGAGGAUCCCAAUAUAGUGCUAAAAGAAUGGCCAAGGAGUGCCUCACAAGAUGCUCUGACUUCACCAUCUGUCAGUCCCCGAAAUCACAGGACGCGGUCCUGGGACUAUUUAGGCAAACAGGGUGAAACAAUAGAGUAUCUUCAUGCUGAUAACCUUGUUGUAGAUUCAAACAGAGACAGAAAAAAGACUUAUAAAUGGACAGGGUUUACUGAACAAGAUGAUCGGCGAGGUAUUUAUGAGAGACCUCGGCAACAUGCAUUGCACUUGUCUCUUCGAGGCUCAAAUUUUUCUGUGGCUCCAGGUGCUUAUAACUCAGAUGGUAGACUCAUCAGUAGUAGGGCCUUAGGGCAUGCCAUGCAUUUCCAGAAGGUUUCACCAGAUGUAAACACAUUGCAGCCUGCCAGAAAUUUGCCGGCUGCUGGUGGAACAUCAAAGCCUGCAACCACUUUUCAUGAAAGAACGUCUCAGUCAACAGCUAGAAGCACAAGAAGCAACUCUCUGAAGACUUCUCUACCCUAUGCAGCAAAACCCUCAAUUUCCCUUAAUCACAGCCUGGAUAGUGUUACUACCAAAGACCAAAGAGAAAUAAAUCAUGUGCACCACAGUGGUUUGUUCAAUCAACAAUCAAGGAUACAAACAGAAGGUGUACCAGACAACAAGAUAGACAUAGGCAAGAGUACCCUUUCUCCCACUUCCUGCAUAGCUUCUGCCAAAUUUGUCCCACAGAUCAGUGAGCACUUAACUACCUCUGUUAGUUUAGAUGUCUCUGUCAGGCAAACAGUUCAAAAUUUUGAAAGAGAAGUUGUAAAAGAGUCUGAAAUUCAACCAACAAAUGUUGUCGAUGAAGACGCAGAAAUAGUUGUCUUGCGAGAAAAGUCUCCUUCUGGACACCAGACGCCACAACCUUUGCGACAUCAAUCCUACAUUUUAGCUGUAAAUGAUCAAGAGCCUGCCUCAGAGACAACAUGUUGGCUACCCAAUGAUGCACGUCGAGAAGUUCAUAUAAAAAGGAUAGAAGAAAGGAAGGCGUCUAGUUCAAGCCCACCUGGUGAUUCAUUGGCAUCUAUCCCAUUCAUAGAUGAGCCAGCUAGUCCCAGUAUUGACCAUGAUAUCGCCCACAUUCCAGCUUCUGCUGUUAUUUCAGCAUCUUCCUCACGAGCACCCACCAUUACAACAGUUCCCCCUAGCCCUACCUCUCUUGUACCUUUAAUUCGACGACAGCUGUCUCAUGAUCAUGAAUCUAUAAGGGCUAGUGUGGUGGAUGGUCAGUUUCCUGCAAAAAGUGAAAGGUCUAAGUCUUAUGAUGAAGGACUGGAUGACUAUAGAGAAGGAAAAGUGGCCAUAAAGCAUGUAUCUAGCUUAAAGGGAAUCAAGGCCCCAGACAGCCAAACAUCUUCAGAAAACUCAGGGUCCAGAAAAGCUUCUUCUUCAGAGGUCUUUGGUGAUGCUUCCAAGGAAGGAUGGCUCCAUUUUCGAAAUCAAAUCACAGACAAGGGAAAGAGAGUUGGUGGGAGCAUCCGGCCAUGGAAACAGAUGUAUGUUGUUCUUAAAGGUUGCUCAUUGUACUUAUACAAGGAUAAAAAAGAACAAAUGGUGUCAUCUGAGGAAGAGCAGCCCAUCAGUAUCAACGCUUGUUUAAUAGACAUUUCAUAUAGUGAUACAAAAAGGAAACAUGUAUUUCGGCUCACCACAUCAGAUUGUGAAUACCUGUUUCAAGCUGAAGAUAGAGAUGACAUGCUGGCCUGGAUUAAGGCUAUACAAGAAAACAGCAACUUAAACAAUGAGAACACAGGUGUCACAAGCAGGGACCUCAUUAGCCGGAGGAUUAAAGAAUACAGCACUAUGAUGAGUACUUCAAGUGGGAAAACAGAGCCAUCACCCAAAACGCCUCGUCAGAGCCUGAGCAUAAGGCAGACACUCCUUGGCACGAAAGCUGAGCAAAGAACCCAGAGUCCACAUUCUCCAAAGGAGGAAUCUGAGAGGAAAUUUCUUGCUAAAGAUAAAGAUGAGACAAGUCCACCAAAAGACAAAGGUACAUGGCGAAAAAACAUUCCCAAUAUCAUGAGAAAAACCUUUGAGAAAAAGCCAUCUGCUGUUGGGACCUUUGGAGUCAGACUAGAUGAUUGCCCCCCAGCUCAGAGUAAUAAGUAUAUCCCACUGAUAGUUGAUAUAUGCUGCAAACUAGUUGAAGAAAGAGGUCUUGAAUAUACAGGUAUUUACAGGGUACCUGGAAAUAAUGCUGCUAUCUCAAGCAUGCAAGAAGAGCUCAACAAAGGGAUGACUGAUAUCGAUAUUCAAGAUGAUAAAUGGCGAGACUUGAAUGUCAUAAGUAGUUUGCUGAAAUCCUUCUUUAGAAAGCUUCCAGAACCUCUUUUUACUAAUGACAAAUAUGCAGAUUUCAUAGAUGCCAAUAGAAAAGAAGAUCCUGUGGAGCGACUAAAAACACUAAAAAGGCUGAUCCGUGAUUUACCAGAGCAUCAUUAUGAAACGCUGAAAUUUCUCUCUGCACAUCUGAAGACUGUAGCAGAAAAUUCAGAAAAGAACAAGAUGGAACCAAGAAAUCUGGCAAUAGUAUUUGGUCCAACUCUUGUGAGAACAUCUGAAGAUAAUAUGACACACAUGGUUACCCAUAUGCCAGAUCAAUACAAAAUUGUAGAAACACUUAUCCAAAAACAUGACUGGUUUUUCGCAGAAGAUGAUGCUGAAGAGCCCCUUACAGCAGUUCAGGAGGAAAGCACAGUACAAUCUCAGCCAGUGCCAAACAUAGAUCAUUUACUCACCAACAUUGGAAGGACGGGAGUAUCUCCUGGAGACGUAUCAGAUUCAGCUACUAGUGAUUCUGCAAAAUCUAAGGGUUCUUGGGGAUCUGGAAAGGAUCAGUAUAGCAAGGAACUGCUUAAGUCCUCCAUCUUUGCGGCAGCCAGUCGCAAGAGAAAGAAACCAAAAGAGAAACUGCAGCCCAGCAGCUCUGAAGAUGAAUUGGAUAAUGUGUUUUUAAAGGAGUCUGCAGAGCACUGUUAUAGCAGUUCAGCUAAAGAGGGGGCAUCGAAAGAGAACCCAGAGAAGGAGACAGCAGGGAGAAAACUGAGAAGUGCAGUUCUAAAAGAAAAAGAGAAUAAUAAUAAAACAUCUCUCACAGGAACCAAGGAUGAAAUGUUGCCAAGGAAAGAGGGCCUGCCUUCAGAGGUUGCUUCAACACCUUGUCUCCAAAAGUACAUGAGAUCCCCAAAUCUCAACUUUCGGCUCAGUACGCAGAAAGAUUGCAUUAAGCCUCCUGUCUUUCACGUCUCUUCUCAAAUGGAAGAAAUAAUGUCUGACUCAGGCACUAUGCUUAGCAGUUCUUCACAGGCAUCUCUGCAGAGAUUCCCAUGUAAAAAAAUGGCCAACCUGGAAAACAAAUGCAAUGAGUUCUUAGCAGCUGAUGUCAGCUCCAUCACCUCAGAUUACUCAACAACAUCUUCUACUACAUACCUAACAGGCUUAGAUUCCACCAUGCUAAGCCCGGAGGUGCAGUCAGUGACAGAAAGUAAAGGAGAAGAGGCUGAUGAUGAGAGAAGUGAAUUGAUCAGUGAAGGUCGCCCUGUGGAAACAGACAGUGAGAGUGACUUCCCUGUUUUCGCUGCAAGUUGUGCUAUGGAAAGGUUGUUCAGGGGAACGGGACAAGAUGUUGUAAAGGGCAGCCGGAGGAACUCUGAAGAAAGUGAAGUAAGUUGUACAGAAGGAAGCUUGACGCCAAAGUUGGACAGCCGUAGAUUGUUCAGUUCACACAAACUUAUUGAAUGUGAUACAUUAUCUCGGAAAAAGUCAGCCAGGCACAAGACUGAUAGUGAGGGAUCAGGAGAUGCCAAGUGUGAGAAGGAGUCACUGGCAGUGACCAAAAUGUUUGACAUAAUGAAGAAAGGAAAAUCAACCAGCAGCUUAGCUGCAUCCUCUAGAAGUGAGCCCGAGAAACAGGAACCUACAUGGAAACUCAAAAUUACAGACAGGUUAAAAUUGCGUCUCAAGUCAUCUGCAGAUGAUAUGUUUGGGGUAGGUAAUCAGAAAUCAAAUUCUACAGAGACAUCUAAAAGAAAGAACAUCAGGCGGAGGCAUACAUUGGGAGGCCAGAGAGAUUUUGCUGAAAUAAGUGUUUUGAAUGCAUGGAAAGCUCAAGAGAAAAAUCCUAACAAGGAGAAAGAUGCUUCAGCAGUGGAUCGAUUGAAGCCCAAGUGUCCAGCACAGGACCUUUCAAUUUCAGACUGGCUUGCGCGAGAGCGUCUACGCACAAGCACAACUGAGCUUAACAUGAGUGAAAGUGGAGAGCCCAAAAGGGAGAACACUAGCAGAUUAGCAGAUUCGUCAAAGACAGAGCCAACUUUUUCUGCAGAAUUGUGGGCAGAGGAGGGUGGUUCUUCUUCUAGUAGUAGUUUGACUCUGGGCUCUAGAACCCCCAUUUCGGGACCACUUCAACCAUUAGACCAUGUCAAUGGAGAAAGCUACCAGAGUAUGAACAAGAAUAACUUCAGCCCAGCAGUUGAUGCCCAUCCUCAUAAAUUAUCUGGGACCCAGGUGGUUAGAUCUCGAUUCUACCAGUAUCUUUAAAAUGGAGGUAUAAAUGUCCACUACAACAAUUCAAAAGCAGCUUCUCAUUUAACCUGUCCCCAAUUUUUUAUGUUUUCUUAUACCAUGUUAUUUUGCAGUCAUUAGAAUUGGUUUUUUUAAUCAUCUGUGUGCACUGAAAAGGUGGUCUUUAAAGUGCAUUAAUACAGCCAGAAUAGUGGGUGGGAGGGCAGAGUUUAAAAUAUAUAUUAAAAAAGAUAAAUAAAAAUAUAAAUCUAUCUAUAUAUAUAUAUAUAUGAAUAAAUUUAUUUUAAGUAAAAGUAUAUUUGAUUGCUGCAUACACAUAUGGAACAAGCAUCUAAUGCAACAUGCUGUGUAAUACAUACAUGGCUUCUAUAAUAUUUGGUAUUAGUAUGCAGGAAAAAAGUUUGUUUGGGUUUAGUCACUAACAAGUGCCUCAUCAAAAAAAAGUUCAUUUGGUUUGUUAGGGUGCCAUAAUGAUUAAAUUAGAGGGUGUUAAUAUAAAAAAGAAGGAAUGCAUUUUACUGGUAAGAUGUUUCAUUACAUUUUACAAAUUUUAACACAAGUGGGUACAGAGCUUCCAUUCCUUAUGCAUUCCAGUUGGAUUUCUGAGUUUUAUAUUCCAAUUUUAAUACAGUUUUUUGAGUUUUAUGUGACUUGAAUUUUUAAUCUUUCUGUAAAAUAAGUAACUUAAAUGUACAUACUCCAUGUGUAUCUUUUCCUCAGAUACCAGAUUUGAUAUAAAUGUUGUAACAUAGACAUGUAGAUAGUGGAUCCUGGAUGAAACUGGUUUCUUUUAUUGAGAAUAUAAUUCUGCAUGAAGACUUUAAUGACUCCAAAUCUGUAUCAUGCCUGUGUGCAUACCCGCUUAAAACACUGGAAAUAAAAUCAUUUUGACGGUU